AUGCGUGCGCCCGGCUGUAGGAUGAACCUGGCAGCAGUGCUCAACGGCCUGCUGGUGUCAGUGGUAGCUGCCCUGCUAUGGAAGUACGUCCGUCUGAGCGAACACAUGGCCCAGCUGGAGGAAGAGUUACACCUAACGCGCCAGUCCCAGGAACUUUCCCAAGUACGCAUCGACUACCACGCUGCCCUGCUGGCCCUCCAGGAGCAGGGAACGCGCAUGGUUUGCACUGGCAAGAUGCACACCGACCGGAUCUGCCGCUUCGACUACCUCUGCUACUGCACGGAGGCGGAGGAGUUUGUGUUCUUCCACAGUAACGCCUCAGUCAUGCUGCCCAACCUGGGCCCUCGCCGUUUUCAACCCGCCUUACUUGACUUGUCCUCAGUGGAAGACCAUAACACGCAGUAUUUCAACUUCCUGGAGCUGCCCGCAGCCGCCCUCAAGUUCAUGCCCAAGCCCGUGUUCGUGCCCGACGUUACCCUGAUCCUGAACCGUUUCAACCCCGACAACCUCAUGCACAUCUUCCAUGACGACCUCCUCCCUAUUUUCUACACCAUGCAGCAGUACUCGGAUCUGGACGAUGAGGCGCGGCUGGUCUUUAUGGAGGGUUGGGGUGAAGGGGUCCACUUUGACCUGUACCGGUUGCUCAGCAGCAAACAGCCUCUCCUCAAGGAGCAACUGAAGAACUUUGGCAAGCUCAUGUGCUUCACCAGAUCCUAUGUGGGGUUAUCAAAGAUGACCACGUGGUACCAGUAUGGAUUCGUGCAGCCCCAAGGCCCUAAAGCCAACAUCCUCGUGUCAGGGAAUGAGAUUCGUCAGUUUGCCUCUAUCAUGAUGGAAAGGAUGAACAUUUCUGCAGGAGAGAAAACAGAGGAGGACGAUUACAUAGUGGUUUUCAGUCGCUCUACCAAUCGGCUAAUCCUCAACGAAGCGGAGCUGAUCCUGGCUCUCGCACAAGAGUUUCAGAUGAGGACCAUCACUGUGUCUCUGGAUGAGCAGUCGUUUGCCAGCAUAAUCCAGAUUAUCAGCGGGGCAUCGAUGUUGGUCAGCAUGCAUGGGGCCCAACUGAUAACCUCCAUGUUCCUGCCCAGAGGGGCUGCUGUGAUUGAGCUCUUCCCCUAUGCAGUUAACCCAGAACACUACACACCAUACAAGACCCUCGCCUCUUUGCCAGGCAUGGACCUCCAGUACGUUGCAUGGAGAAACACAAUAGGAGAGAACUCGGUGGCUUACCCUGACCGUCCUUGGGACCAGGGUGGCAUCGCACAUCUGGAGAAAGAAGAGCAGGACCGAAUAAUGGCCAGCAAGGAGGUCCCUCGGCACCUGUGUUGCCGUAACCCAGAAUGGCUGUUCCGGAUCUACCAGGACACUGUUGUGGACGUCCCCUCCUUCUUGGAUGUCCUCAGAGAAAGUCUGAAGGGCAAGCCUAGCCUUAAAAAGACCAAGGCUACCAGCACAGUUCAUCCCGGUCGAGUUCGAGAGCCCAAGUGCCAGACAUCUGUGCAAGCCACCAACGAGGCCAAGCUGACAGUGUCGUGGCAGAUCCCUUGGAAUCUCAAGUACCUGAAAGUUCGAGAGGUCAAAUACGAAGUGUGGAUUCAGGAGCAAGGAGAGAAUACUUACAUGCCUUACAUUCUGCCCCAUCAGAACUACACCUUCUCAGAGAACAUAAAGCCCUUUACCACGUACCUAGUGUGGGUGCGCUGCAUCUUCAACAAAAACCUUUUAGGUCCAUUUGCAGAUGUUCUCCUGUGCAAAACCUGA